UCUCCCUCUCUUCUUCCUGUUGCCUUCUACGUUUCUAGAACCUAUUCUAUUUUCUCUCUCCCGUCUAUCGCCCCAUUCCUUGCCCCUCCCCUGGCUUUUAUACUAUUUCGCGGCAAUCUCUUUAAAUUCAGUAUCCCACUCUAAAAAAAAUAAGCUGUUUUAACUCUUGAUUUCUUUGGCUUAUCGGAAAUGAUGAUGUCGAGGCAAUACCCCAUCUGAAAUGCCAUCCAGUGCGUCUCUGGACGCCUGAAGCAGCACAUAGAUUUGGUAAAGGCAAUUUUCUGUUAUUUUCUCUAGUAUUGAGAGGGGACAGAGGGUUUGUAGCCCGCUGUGAUAUACGCCAAUACAGUCCCGUGGUCACUGGUCUUAACUAAUUAUUGAAUGGUCUUAACCUGAGAAUCAAUAGUUGAUCUACAGUUUGCUUUCAACGUCCAGCUCCACAGGGAACUGUCACAGAUGUCGCAAGAGGGACUCUCCCAUUCAAUUCACUCCUGGAGAAUAGUCCUGAUGGUGUCAGGGACCGGGUGGAUUCUCUUCUGCCUCUUUCUACUGGGGGAGAGAACAGCACUUGACUGUGGGGAACUGCAGUGCUCUCUGUCUCCAGCGGGGGAGCUUCACCCCGUGCAGGGGCUGUUGGAGCGCUUUGAGGCCGGCCCGGGCUGUGCAGCGAGAGAGAGCGGGGAGAAAGAGACCCAUGUGAUCGCUGUGGGGAGAGGGACACGCAGCCCUGACAAACAGGUGACUGUGCUCCUGAGACCCCUGUCUCUGUCUCACCCCCCGUCAAACCCUCAUCCUGGUUCUGAGCUCCAAGCUACCAGUGCGCUGGUGGCUGGAGGCUGGAGGCUGAGAGACUACCCCCGGAUCUGCUGGUGCAGUGUCCCCCCUUUGCCCCAGGUCUCUCCUAACUCUACAGUGCAGCCCUACAGUCUGGCAGUGCAGGUGCAGCCUGUGCCCUCUCUGCCUUUCCGUCCGCGGGCUUUGCUGCGCUGGGCAAUACAUCGCCAUGGCUCCUUGUCCUCCCUCACACACACAGCCAGUGCCAACCGCGUCUACGUCCGUGUGGGCGAGGAUACCACCAUGYCCAGCGUGUGCCAGCUGCAGUCUCUGUUCCUGUCACACAACUACCUGACSUCUGACCUGCAGCCACAGGAAGUACAGGGCUGUUCUCCAGUUGGCGGAGGCGACCCAGAAGUGCAUGUCAUCAAGCUCCGUUCAGCAGGGUCAGGGCUUUGUGGCUCUCUGCAGGUGGAGGUGACUAUUUCUCUGGUGCCCCCAGUGGCCAAUGCUGGGUGGCACAAGUUGGUGCUGAUCYUCAGUAGUGCCGUUCCAGUCAACUGGGCUCUCACAGUCCCAGGGCUCCGGGGACACAUCUCUGUCUAUUCCUCCAACAGCGUGUCCCCACUCUACCCUCCAGAGCCUGACCUGACACUGACUAGCUUGCUCACCUCUGACCUCUCUACCACCCAUGACCUUUUGAGCUGGGCCAAUCAGAGUGGCUUUCCCAAAGUGGCCUCAUACACWGAGGCUGACCUGGCCAAUCACUUUGUGAUCAGACUGGCUGGGGGAGGGACAGGUCAGGACCUGUGUGUGUCUCUUGUGUCCCUCAUUGUCACACCUCUUUCUCUCCCUUCCCACAGAAAGUGGCCCCCCCUGUGCGUAUGCUGGAUGGCAGGCCCCCUUGGGUCCAGGAGCGCAGGCUGAGACAGUGGCUGAGUGAGGGAGGUGGAAGGACCAGUGGGGGCUGGGAGGSCGUCAGUGUGCAGUGUCAGGAGGGACGACUCAACGUGGCCGUGGACAGACACAUUCUGCAGACCCUGUCUCUCCUGAUGUCGGAGGUGACACUGCGGGAUCCUCAGUGCCUGGCCCAGUACAACAGCAGCAAUUUCUUGUUGGCAUUCCCGGUCAUUUCCUGUGGGACUGAAGGGCUGYUGCAGGGAGAGCCCAGAGGGGUGCAGUACAACAACGCGGUAAGAGAGGUGGUUUUAAGGGGUAAAAUAUCUGCAGAGAACAUUUUAACAUGUUUUGUGAAAUGUUUCUGCAAUGUUUGUGUCUCACCAUGUUUUGCAAUGUUUUUGUCUCACYAAAAUGGAGUCCAAAAUGGUAAUUGAACCAUGCGUGCAGACGUUUACAAGUGAUUCUGUGCUAAACACAGUCAGCAGAAAGAGAAAGAGCUGUGUAAUAGAGGCGUCCGGCAGCC